CACGCCAUCUCGCUGGCCCGACCGCUUUUGUUGGUCACUGCGCACAACGGAAGUUCUGCUCGAAGCAAGCCUCGCAGGCAGCUGUGCGGAAUUGUGCGGACCAGGGUUUGGGUCCCUACUAACCCGCGGUCUGCUGCCUGCGCCGCGGUGGCCCUAAAAGAUUGCACCUGAUAUGGACUUUCUGCAAAGCUAGUCACUGACAGCUGGUGCUUCAGGGUACACAGAAACAAGAGAUGAUGAUGUUGGAGCCAAAAGAAGAGGAGCAGUCUUGGGACUAUGAAAGCAAGCUACCAGGGAACCACUCUACCAGUCAAGAGAUCUUCCGCCAGCGCUUUAGACAGCUCUGCUACCAGGAGGUUCCUGGUCCCCGGGAGGCCUUGUGCCAGCUACGGGUACUCUGUUGUGAGUGGCUGAGGCCAGAGAGACAUACCAAGGAGCAGAUCCUGGAGUUACUGGUGCUGGAGCAAUUCCUGACCAUCCUGCCUGAGAAGCUUCAGUCCUGGGUACGGGGACAUCACCCUAAGAGUGGAGAGGAGGCCGUGACUGUGCUGGAGGACUUAGAGAAAGGACUUGAACCAGGAUUGCAGGUUCCAGGCCCUGCACAGGAAGAGCCAUGGGAGAAGAAGGUAACUCUGGAACCAGAACAAGCAGCAGGCAUCCAGCUCCAGUCUGACGAGACCCAGCUCAAGUGUGAAUUUCAGGAGACCCGGCUCUCCCCAGAGAGUGGUACACUUAAAUUUUCCAUCAGUCAUUACAGAAGAUCUUCCAGAACUUAA